AUGGCAACCAAUCAGCAACAACCGUUCAAUGAGAUAGACAACAUCCUUGUAACUUAUAAUUUAUCACCCACAUCAAUCGAAUCAUUAAAAUCAAUAGAUGAAUCAGAAUAUUGGAAACGUAAAUUAAUCCAACUUUUAAUUAUUCAACCAAUUUAUAUUUUUCCCAAUGAUGAAAAUUCAACAAGAUUAAUUCAUGAUGGUUUAUCAGAUGGGAAUAUUUGUAUUUAUGGCAAAGAGCUCAAACCCGGUAAUAGAGGAAUUAGAAGUUGUAAAUAUUCAUUAGCUGGUUCGAUAAUUAUGAAAAUUAAUCCAAAAGUUGUAUAUUAUUAUAAUGAGAAUAAUAUAGAUGGUGAAGAUACAAAAAUUUGUGAUUAUUUGAUUAAAUUUGAAGAUGUAUUAUUAUCAUAUUUAAACAAUAAUAGUAAAAAAUUUGUAAAUGUUGAUAAAGGGAUAAUGUAUUUGACAUUAAGAUUGUUGUUUGUCUAUUUGAAUGAUGAUGAAUUUCAAUUGAAGUUGUGUAAUUUAUGCACCCAUCAAAGAGAUAUUAGAUUAGAUAAUGAAAAGAGAUAUAUUCUAGAACCAAUCAAGAAUAUAAUUAUCAAUUCAAUCAAAGAUUUUUUAAAUAAUCAUGAUAUUGGGAAUUCAUUAAUUAAAAAAAAUUUAAUUAAAAUUAAUAAAAAAAAUUGGAAAUUUAUUGAUGAUUUAAUAUCAAUUAUUUUUAUAAAUUAUUUUAAUCUAUUUAAUUUUAAAAAACAGCCUUUUGCAAUUUGUCUUGAUCCUGAUUUUUCCCUUAUUAAUCAUUCAUGUUUACCAAAUUGUACUCAGAUUACCAAUUCAACUAAUGAAUUUCAUGUUGUUAAUACUUUACCAAUUUUUGAAAACGAAGAAAUUACUGUUACUUAUAUACCAUUAGGAUAUCCUAAAGAAAUUCGAAAUUAUCAAUUAUCACUGCAAUUUUAUUUUCAUUGUCAAUGUAAAUUAUGUAAAUUUGAUGAUAAUAAUGAUCCAUUUUUCAAUAUUCAAUGUAAUAAAUGUGGAAUUAGGAUUAAAUCUCCUUCAUUUAAAUUAAUUUUAACUUCUCCCAAUCUUGCCAUGAGACAACAUAUUUGUAUUAAAUGUUUAAAUAAUUUAAAUCAAUUAACAUAUCCUAAAAAUAUUAAAAUUAGAAAUUUUUUCAUGUCGUUAAUAAUUUUUUAUAAAAAUUUAAUUGGGUUAUCAUUUAAUGAUCAAGAUUAUUUUAAAUUUUUAAAUAAAGAAUUUGUUAAAUAUAUUGAAAAAUUCACCCUGUUUGAAUUAAUUAAAAUGUUAAGUAAUGGGAUUUAUCAAUUUGAAAUUCCAAAAUUAAGAAAGAACUUAAUUAAAAAUUUAAUUGAAAUUAUUGUAAAUGAUAAAGUUUUCCCAUUACAUACUUUUCCAUUUAAUUUAAUAAUUAGAGAAUUAGAUAAUAUUGAAAAUGAAUCAUCAAGUGUUAUUUCAUCAACCGAUGGAAUAUCAAAAUUACAAUUAAAACUUCAAAGAAUAUUUGGUGUUGAUAUACCUUCUGAUUUAACUUCAAUGCUAAAUUUUGAUAAUUAUUUGUUUUUAGAUUUAGCGGAUUUAUUAUUUCAAAUUAUCAAAUUUAUAAUUAAUCCCAAUUUUAUCACUAAAUCAAGGGAAAUAUCAACUUUAUUCAAUGGUAGCAAUAAUUCAAAUAAUUUGACCCUUGGAAUAUUUUGUCAAUGUUGUUUUUAUUUUUAUAAACAAGUUAAAUCAAUUAAUGAAAUUGAUUUAAUUGAAGAGAAAUUAAUUGAACUAUUGAAAAUUUAUCAAUCAAUUGAAUUGACUGAAAAAUUAACCAUACAUUAUUGUUUACAUGAAUUGUUUAAUUUUGGAGGAUUAUAUAUUAAAAUCACUGAGUCUCAAUUUGCUAUUAAAAGCGCUAUUGGAUUUUUAAUUUAUUUUCCUUUAGAUAAAGAUGAUUGUCUAUAA